GUUUCAGACCUGCAGUAAUAUUCAAUCAUCUUUGCGACGCUGUGUGCGGUUAUCACGAUGGUAUCAUAUGUACGUACCAUAACACGCAGAGUAGCACACACUAGAAACUAUGCGAGCAAUAGGCAUCUUCGAUUAAUCAAAUUCUAUACAACUGAAAGGACGGAGAAAAAUACAUGCUUUAUGUUCCCGGGACAAGGCACUCAGCACGUAGGUAUGGGGAAGGAUAUGUUUCAAAAUAUUAAGCAAGCGAGGCAAAUGUUGCAAGAGGCUGAUAGCGUGCUCGGCUUCUCGCUAUCACGUCUGAUGUUCGAAGGCCCAGAGGCAACUCUAACAAAAACUGAAAACGCCCAGCCCGCGAUUUUGAUCAAUAGUCUGGCCCAUUUCGAAACUGAGGUGAAGACUUCAAGGCCAGAGCAAGUGCAGAACGCUGCUUGCGUUAUGGGGUUCUCACUUGGUGAAUACUCCGCAUUGACAGCGGCGGGCGCUUUAUCGGUACCAGACGCUGUGCGGUUGGUGCAUCAUAGGGGCAAAGCAAUGCAGGAAUGUGUCGUCGGCUUGGAGACAGCUAUGGUAAGCAUGUUUCCGUGCUCGGUGGAGUUAGCCGAGGAAAUUGUGGUGGAAGGACAAAAAUUAGGCGCGUGCGAUAUAUCAAACCAUAAUUCAUCUACUCAAGUUACAAUCAGCGGAAUGAAGGACGCAGUAGAUGCUGCUGUGUUGUACGCAAAAUCCCGUGGCGUCAGACGGUGCGCGUCACUUCAGGUCAGCUGUCCGUUCCACAGUCCUCUCAUCAAGGGAGCGGAGGAUGUCAUGCGAGAACUGCUUGAAACGACACAGAUCAAUACGCCGAGAACUCCGGUCAUUUCCAAUGUGACAGGCCAACCGAUGAGCGACCCUAAUGAAAUAAGAAGGCUCCUGGUAGACCAGGUGUGUGGACGAGUGGUCUUUGCUGAUAGCAUCCUCACUGCGCAGAAAAUGGGAGUCACUGAGUUUAUAGAGGUUGGUGGUGGUAAAAAUAUGUCUCGCUUUGUGGAGCAAACUCUGAAAGCAAACAAGAUUCAAUAAAAUAAGGUGC